AUGGUGAAUCAUGCAUUUAGUUCUGUAAACGGGAGAACAAAUACAUGGAUAAUUGAUUCUGGAGCAACUUGUCAUAUGUGCAAUGAUAUGAGUCAGUUUGUGAAAUUGCAUAACUUGGAAAAGCCUGAAGAUGUUACUCUUGGAGAUGGUCAUGUUGUCAAAGCAACUGGACGGAGAGUCGUUAAAACAAAAAUAGAGUCUCCAAAUGGCCAAAAGGGAAAGAGCUGUGUACUGCAAGAUGUUCUUUAUGUUCCAAGCUUAUCGUAUAACCUAGUGAGCGUGUCUAAAGCUACAAAGUCUGGAAAGACUGUGAAGUUUAAUGAAGAUGGAUGUCGCAUUCUUGAUGAAAGUCAGAAGCUGAUUGCCACUGCUAAAAGAGUAGGAAACCUGUAUUACCUGAAUUGCACGAACAGUCAUCAAGCAAACCCUACUGUAGGAUAUUCAAGCAUAGGAAGCAAAGAGGUCACCUGGCACAAGCGAUUUGGACAUCUCGGUGUUCAAAACCUCCAAAAGUUGGCAAAAGAAAACCUGGUUGAUGGCUAUGACUAUGACAAAUCAAAGGACAUUGAUUUCUGUGAAUCUUGUGCAGAGGGAAAGCAUCAUCGAAGUAAAUUCCCAGUCAACGAAAGUCAACGUGCUAAAAUGCCCCUUGAUUUGGUACACAGUGAUGUAUGUGGUAAAAUGAGUGCAAAAUCGCUUAGUGGAACUGAGUACUUUCUAACACUUAUCGAUGAUCACACUCAUUAUGUAUGGGUUUAUGUCUUGAAACACAAAGACGAAGUCUUUGGAAAAUUCUUGGAGUGGAAAGCCUUAGUCGAGAAAUCCUCUGGCAGGAAGGUUAAAGUCUUCCGCACAGACAACGAGGGGGAGUACACCUCGACAGAGUUUGAGAAUUAUCUGAAGAAAGAAGGGGUAACACACCAAUUGACUGUGCCCAAGACACCGAAACAAAAUGGAGUCGCUGAAAGGAUGAACCGGACCCUGGUGGAAUCGGUGCGAUCCAUGUUAGCAGAUGCUAAACUCCCGCACAAGUUCUGGGCUGAAACACUCCCAACUGCUGUUUAUCUUAGAAACAGAAGUCCCUCAGUUGCAGUCAAAGGAAAGACUCCUUUUGAAGCCUGGACAAGUCAGAAACCUAAUGUGAAGCAUCUACGAGAGUUUGGAUGCGAAGCGUAUGCUCAUGUGCCAAAGGACGAAAGAAAGAAACUUGACUCGAAAGCCAGAAAAUGUAUUCUUCUUGGUUAUGGCACUGAAACGAAGGGCUAUCGUCUUUAUGAUCCAAAUCGUGCAAGAGUCUUUCAUAGUCGUGAUGUCCAGUUUAAUGAAUCUUCACAAGAACCUGAAGUUGUGAAAGUACAAGAGCCAAAGCAAAACACACUUGUGGAACUUGAGUUUGAAGAGCCCAUUGAUGUCGAAGAGCCUGUUGUAAACGAAGAGCCUGAGCCUCAAGUUACGAGGAGGUCAGAAAGAGAUCGAAGACCACCUGCCUACUAUGGAGAGUGGGCAACAGCUGCAAAUCAUGAUAAAAACGAGCCAAGGACCGUGAAAGAGGCUUUGUCAAGUCCACAAAAGGCAAAAUGGGUGAAAGCAAUGGAAAAAGAAAUGGAAUCCCUUAAAACUAACGAAGUAUGGAACCUAGUUGAACUGCCCGAGAAUCGUAAAGCCGUUGGCAGCAAGUGGGUAUUUCGAAUUAAAACAGAUGCGGACGGAACAGUUGAAACACACAAGGCCCGGCUCGUAGCUCAAGGUUUCAGUCAAACAUUUGGUGACGACUAUGAUGAAACAUUUUCACCUGUAGCAAGGUUUGAAUCAGUUCGAACAGUUAUUGCGUUAGCUGCACAGCAUGGUUUAAAGCUUCAUCAAAUGGACGUCACAACAGCAUUUCUGAAUGGAGAUCUCAAAGAAGAAGUCUACAUGAAACAACCGGAAGGUUUCAUUGAGAAGGGAAAAGAACACCUGGUCUGCAGGUUACGUCGAAGUAUAUAUGGCCUUAAAAAGUCUCCACGUUGUUGGAACUCUGUUCUCGACAGAAAAUUGAAGAAUAUGGGCUUUGUACAAACCACCGGUGAUCCAUGUAUCUAUGUAAAGGAAGAAGGUGGAGAGAUAUUCAUUAUUGCUGUGUAUGUUGAUGAUAUUCUCUUGGCCGGAAAGAAUGAUCAGAAAAUCAAUGAAGUGAAGCAAGCACUCGCUGAGCAAUUUCAAAUGAAAGAUAUGGGUCAACUACACUACUUCCUGGGUGUGAAAGUUAUCCAGAAACCAGAUUCAAAAGAAAUUUGGAUUGGCCAAGAAGCGUACACGAAGAGUGUGUUGGAAAGAUUUGGCAUGGAAAGUUCGAAACCAGCAAGCACACCUGUUAACCCUGGGACAAAACUGAAGAAGGAAGCAGACGACAGUCAACGAGUGGACCAAGUUAACUACCAGUGUGCCGUUGGACAUCUACUUUAUCUGUCCACGAAAACAAGACCAGACAUCGCAUAUGCCGUGAGCGAUGUAGCAAGGUUCAGUGCUGAUCCAACGGAGGAGCAUUGGAUUGCUAUUUGCUGUUAA